CUAGUGUUAACGUAUAUAAAGUGCUCAUCCGGAGCAUUAAGACCAUCAUUGGAUCUCCAUCAGCGAAAUGAAUAAGAUCAACGUCUUCGCUGUGCUCUCUUUGGUCUCCUUGGUCAUCAACUCCUUCGCCUUUGUCGAUAAGCCGCGAUGCGGUUUGGAGAUUCCGAAGAUGCUUACAUUAGUCUGCAGCAGCGUCUAUUACUCUCCCCAAAAGAAGAACCACAAUGAUCUGAAGAACUACAAGAUGCAAAAGUUUGAAGACGCGUUGAGAGCAAUCGAGGAUUUCAACAGUAAGAACGAGGCUGAGAGGGAACUGUUAAUGCAGCAGCAGGACGCGCUCUCCUACCCGUACAUCAAUAGGUUCCAAGGAUACAGAAUGAUUCCGCACAGGUUCAAACGUGGUGCAGGAGGCAUAGUUGAGGAAUGCUGCCAUAAAGCAUGCACCUUUGAAGAAAUGGCUGGAUACUGCGAUUGAUUGACUUAAAUCGACUACUUGUACCUUAAAUUGGCUUAUAAUUAAAUAAUCA